AGCAGCACGGGGAGGUUCCCCCGGCAGGCAAGUGUCCCAGGAUCCACCAUGGAAGCAGCAAGGAGUCGCUGAAGGAAGAAAGGAGCCAUGAAGUUCGGGAAGAGCAUCUGCGUGCUGAACGUCGGGGGGACCCGCUACGCUUUCACCCGCGACGUGAUCCGGGAUUUCCCUCUGAGGCGCGUCAGCCGCCUCCACGCGUGCGCCACCGAGAAGGAUGUACUGGAGCUGUGCGACGACUACGACCGCGAGCGCAACGAAUUCUUCUUCGACCGCCACGCGCAGGCUUUCGUCUUCAUCAUGCUCUACGUGCGCUCCGGUAAACUGCGCUUCGUGCCCGGCGUGUGCGAGUUGUCCUUCUACGCCGAGAUGCUCUACUGGGGGCUGGAGAGCGCGCACUUGGACUCCUGCUGCCAGAAGCGCCUGGACGAGCGGCUGUCCGAAGUCGGGCUGUCCGAGCAGGUGGCGGACGUCACCGCCGGGGAGGAGACCCGGAGUCUGGUGGGCGAACCGGUGGCGGUGAUGCAGCUCACCGGCCGCGGCAAGUGGCUGGAGAGGGCGCGCAGGGCGUUCGAGGAGCCCAACUCGUCGCUCGGGGCGCAGCUGCUGGCCACCGUGUCUGUCGUCUUCGUCAUCGUGUCCAUGGUCAUGCUGUGCGCCAGUACGCUGCCCGACUGGGACACUGCCAAGAGAAACUCCGUGGAGGAGCACAGGAUAGUGGAGGCCGUCUGCAUCGGCUGGUUCACGGCGGAGUGCAUCCUGCGCUUCCUGGUGGCGCGGGACAAGUGGGACUUCCUCCGGCAGCCGCUCAAUAUCAUCGACGUGGUGGCUAUCACGCCGUACUACGUCACCAUGACGAUGGCCCGGGCGGGCGUGCCAGGCGCCGGGCUCGGGGUGGCGGGUGUGUUCCUGCGCGCGCUGCGCAUGAUGCGAGUGUUCUGGCUCAUGAAGCUGGCCCGCCACUUCCUGGGCCUGCAGACGCUGGGGCUGACGCUGCGGCGCUGCUACCGGGAGAUGGUGAUGCUGAUGGUGUUUGUCUGCGUCGCCAUGGCGAUUUACAGCGCCCUGGCACAGUUGCUGGAGCACGGCUUGGACCUGGGCGUGCGCAACCAGGACUAUGCCAGCAUUCCCGCCGCCGCCUGGUGGGUCAUCAUCUCCAUGACGACGGUAGGCUAUGGGGACGUGUACCCCAUCACCGUCGGAGGGCGGGUGCUCGGGGGGAUGUGCGUGGUGAGCGGCAUCGUCCUCCUGGCGCUCCCCAUCACGUUCAUCUACCACAGUUUUGUACAGUGCUACCACGAACUCAGACUGCGCUCGGCCAGGUACGCUCGCAGCCUCUCAGCGGAAAUGCUGCAGUGAACAUUUUUGCCCUGGACACCUUGCACAAUAGAAAUAAUCGGAACGACUGGAAAUGAUCCACAUAGAAAAAAAUGUUCACGGCAUGCACACUCACCAUCGAGACAUGCCGUCCAAUUGUUGUAACGCGAUGCCAGUCAUUUUCAAAGCCUUUUAAACCAUUUUGACUGACUCAAUCACAGAUUAUUUUUUGACAAUAUAAGGACCAAACCCACCCAAAAAAAAAGAAUAGACUCUCUUCUUUGAAGAGAAUGAAAAAGUUCGUUUCUGGCUUCUUUAGUAAUCAGCAGAAGAACAUGGGUUGGUUUCACCAGUUUCUGCCCAGAAAAAGGGGAAAGAGUGUCGAGCAGAACGACUCUGACUCUGAAAUAAACAGAAUGACUAGAACUAGAGGGGGAAAUCUGGCUCAAGUCAGUUUCAAAUGGUCUGCUAUUGUGCAAGCGUGCUCCCUCAGAAGCACACAAAUAAUUAUUUAUUGAAGACCAGACCAAUCCAGUUGUCCCUGCGGAUGGUUGUUUACACAUCGUCGACAUGGUAACAACAAUGUGUGUGUGUGUGUGAGAGAGAGUGUGUGUGUGCGUGGUGUGGCCUUCAGCCAUUCACUUUGUCAGGGGCUGUGCACAAGAUUGAUGUCUGACCUAGAUGCAUUAAGCAUGUAUCGAGAGGCGAGGACGGGAGGAGGCCACAUACACGCACAUGCACACACACGGACACACGCACACACACACACGCACACACAGUGUAAUGAGAGGGGAGCUCAACCCAAAUAAUGAAAUAGAGAGAUGCGUCAGGCGGAACCUGAAUUUGGCAGAUUUAAACAAUAAAAAGGAGAUGUAACGUGAAGGUUAAAAACAAAGAAAUAUAUUUAUUUAUUUAUUCUCUCCUCGUGUGCCAAUAGGAGUGAGGGAAGCGUUUUUUUGUUGUUCUCAUCUCCACAGUACCCUCCUUCUGUGGCAUGCCCAUCAUAGAGGCCGUUGAUUUGUGUGUGUUUGCACGCCAAUAGACCACGUGCAGUCACACACACUUAUACACGCACACGCACGCACACAAACCGUCAUUGCAAAAUGAGUGAAAAAAAUGACAUCACAUGCAUGCCGACGAAGGUUGUGAGGUUCCAUGAAUUACGCUGGCUGGCUGCUUAAUGAAGAGCCUCAUAUGUUUCCAAACAAAACAAUCUGACACCCCACACCGCAGUCUCCCGCCUCGCCGUCGACAUCAAUCAAAGAUCAGACUGGAGUUCAUCUCUUUGUAUUUAAGUGUCAAUUUUUCAUCUCUUCCCACGUCGAUAUCCAUUUCGUCGCUGUACUUUUUUUCGAUGUGCUUUUCGAGUAGCAUAAAUGUGACAAGAGUAUAAUCAGUACUGUAUUUUGGUAUCAAUGGUCCACCAAAUAGCCUCGCACCAAACACUUUUUUCGCCAAUUGUGAUGUA